AUGGAUUAUGAAGUGCCGCUGUUAGGCGCACACCAGACGAGCGGUGACGAAGAACACGAGCAGCAACAGCAGCAAGAGCUACAGGUUCGUCAGCAGAGCUUAUCACCGUCCGAUCCAGAUUCCUCACGAGCCGCGGCGGCGUACAGUCGUCCCGGGGACUCCGCCGCCGCAUUUGGCGGCGAUUGGCGCGGAAAGCUCGCGGCUGUCGGGCAGCGCGUGCGCGCGUCGAGCGCGGAGCUGGGGAAGCGCGUCACGGAGGCCGCGACAGCUGUCGGAAGCCGAUUGGAGGAACAGGUUUCCGUAGUCGGCGAGCGCGUUAAAGACCUAGUUCUGCCGACCACGCAGGCGGAUAUAUUAGUAGACCGCGCCACGGCGGAGGAGCUGCUCGCUCCCCAUUGGUCCACCGUCCUGCAAAUCUCCCACCUCCUUCAGAAUGGCCAUGUUCCCGGCGGCGACGUCGCACGGGCUCUGCGACGUCGCCUGGCGACGCGGGAUUCGCAUGUGCAGCUGCUCGCGCUGGCGGUCGCGGAGUCGAUUGUCGGAAGCGCGCCGCAGGUUCUGGGGGACAUUGCGCGGGAAGGCGUUUUAGGAGACAUGGCGCGAAUGGCGGUGGAGCCUAAGACGCAGGCGCGCGUCAGGGAGAAUAUUCUAAGACUGAUCGAGGCGUGGGCUGCGCCGAUGGAGGCGACGCGGUACUUCCCCGCGUUCGAAGAGACGUUUAGGGAACUCAAGGAGAAAGGGGUGACUUUCCCUGUGGUCGCUACACCCACUCAGCGCAUCCCCCGGCUCCUCCCCUUUGAGUCCGUUAUGGGAGACGCUUAUAGAGGGGCAGGGCGCAUCCACAUCACCAGACCUCCCUCCGAGCUGCCAAACCAGCACCGGGAGAUCAUUGCCAUGCCUGCGAACUUCCUUGCCGGACCUAACGCCCAGGUUCGGGGGACCACACCGCACGUGAGGUUCGUCGUGCCUGGUGGUGGCGGCGGCACUGCUGGUGCUGCUGGUGCUGCAGUUGGAGGGGGUAAUGACCACGCACACAGGCAUCGUCAUCAUCAUCACAAUCACCAUCAGCGGCAGCGGGAGGGGGCGGAGGAGGCAGUGUGGAUGGGUGCGGGAGAGGCAGAGGCGGAUCCUAAGACAACUUUUGCAAUGGCAAGAAACGCUGCAGACCUGCUCACUACCAUGCUCACAUCAGCGCCUGCAACCGAAGCUCUCAGG